AUGAUCGAAUUAUACAUUAUAGUUGAUCCCUGUUAUCUUAAUAGCUGGCUUCAGAUUGAUGCUAUACUAUGGAUUGAGGAACUCGCCUUUGUUCUACCUUCAACCUGCAAUGCAAACUACUAUGAUUUCCCGUGUGCACCUUUUGUUGAUGAUGGGUGUAGAAACACAAUAGAGCAUCUUUGCCUUGGUGGUUGUGCCUUCCAUCCGACAGCUGGAUUUGGUUACUUGAGAAGGCUGCAUCUAUUUUGUGUUUGUAUUACGGUGGAUGAAUUAGGAUGCCUUAUUUCCAAGUCUUCUGCUUUGGAGCACUUGACACUAAAGUAUUGCAAUAUGAUCACUUACCUGAAGAUACCUAGCCUGCUACAGCAUCUGAACUACCUGAUGGUGUCUGAAUGCACUAAACUGCAGUUGAUAGAGUGCAAAGCUCCAAAUCUCUCCACCUUUUAUUUCAAUGGUGGACAAGUUAAACUUCUGUUUGGAGAUUUAGUUCAAGUGAAGAGCAUGGGAAUGUAUUGUUUUGAUCGGUGUAACACCAUUUACAAUGCUCGUGCCAACCUGCCAUCCAUUGUGCCCAAUAUUGAAACUCUUAGCAUAUCUUCUGUUAGUGAGGUCAUCAAUACACCAAUUGUGCCUGUCAAAUUCCUCCACCUCAAGUAUUUGUCUAUUUCUCUUGAAGCCGAACAUGGGGCUUUCUCCCCAGUCUACGAUUACUUCUCUCUGGUUUAUUUUCUGGAUGCUUGUCCUGUCUUGGAAACUUUCCACUUGGCUGUGUCGCAGACUCGCAUGAAGCAUGAUUCGGUUUUCGGAGACCCGUCACAUCUUAGGAAGAGGCGAGAAUACUGCCAUGAGAACAUCAAGACUGUAAAGAUCUCUGGGUUUUGCUCUACAAAGAGCACGGUUGAGCUGACAUGUCAUAUUCUUGAGAAUGCAACAUCACUACAGUGCCUUACGUUGGACACGAUAGAUGAUGUUGAUGAUAUUGGUAAGCAUGUUCAUGAAACCGGCGAGUGUAACCCCAUAGGUAGGCAUAUGAUCAAAGAAGCCCGUGAGGCCCUCUUGGCAAUUGAAAGGUAUAUUAUGAAAAAAGGUCCCUCCACAGUAAAGUUAAAUGUUCUAGAGCCUUGCAGGCGAUGCCAUGCUUUUGCUGCUUAG